AUGGUCUUCCAACGCAUUGUCAACUAUUGGGUAUCCACAUUCAUUACUGAGAAGCUCCUUUCCAGUCCCGCAUUCCAUCGUAUGGCUGCCACCACCCACAAGCAUGUUUCCAAUGUGACCAACAAAGGCUCUCAAGUUAGCAACGAGUUCGUCAAGGCAUUCAAAGAAAACAUGGAAAAGGAAGCCAAGAAUAUUCGCAAGUAG